AUGCUCUCUCUGCAACGCUCUGCAAUCUCUGCAGAUAAAUGCACUGCCAAUGUCUUGCCCUGCCGCAUCCAUCAUGAUGGGCCGACGAAGGUGACCAAAAGAUAUUGGUCUCCUCAAGGAGAAAAAGAUGGCACGCAAACUUCACAUUUUCGGGGUCGAAGGUUACGGGGAAGAGUAAUCCAGUUGCCCGACGGAUAUCAGGGUGUCGUUGCAAAAUCGACCGAUCGAUAUGUGCCGCAGCCUGCAAACAACCAGUCAGGACCGACCUAUACGGCAGUGAGUGACGACAUCGAGAUGCAGGACGAGGAAGAUGAACCCCCUGAACCUGUCAAGGUACUCGAGGCACUCUCUUCAUUUGACAAGGUGGUGGUUUGGGGCCACGACCACGUUCCUACAUCAGAAGAUUUGUUUGUGAAGGGACUGGAGGAGUGGAUAUCAUUUGCCGAAGCAAUUCAUGGCAAGCCCACAUUCCAGAAUAAACAAGCGCCCCAAGGUCCCGAGUCUCGAACUGAGAGUUGA